UCUAGUGAAUUAAUUAAGAAAUAAAUCCGGUGCAAUUGGAUUAUUAAGAAAUUUUUUUUUUUACAUAAGAGGUUGAUUGAAAUAUCUUAUUUAACACAGAAAAAAAAAUUCAGGAUUGAUCGAAAUCCGAACGGCCAUGGAAGAACCACCACCGAAGGAGGAAAGUAACGCCCGUGCGGGUGCACAAAACCCUAGCAACCUCUUUGGCGGUGUAGACUCAAUCAGCUCUCUACCAGACGAGAUGCUCCACCAUUUCUUCUCCUUUGUUCCGACCAAGGUAGCCAUCACAACUAGCGUCUUGUCCAAACGUUGGAGGCAUGUGUGGUACAAGACACCUUAUCUCUCUUUUCCCCAUCACAAAUCAUCUCUUGAAUCGAUUCACGAAACCCUAGCCAGCUACACUGCCCCAAAAAUCAUGAGAUUCCAUCUCUACGUUGACAGAGAAACAUCCGAAGCCAGCGAAAGGAGUCAUCACCACGUUGAUAGCUUGAUCAAGUUUGCAAUCUCCCCCAACGUGGAGAAGCUUUCUUUGGUAUUGAAUGCAUACUACGUUUUUCCAGAUUUCUUCUUCAGCAAUUCAUCCCUAAAGCAACUCAUCUUGGAUUCAUGGAACUAUAUUAGACCCAAAUGCACCGUUUCUUGGACAUCACUUCAGAACUUGUCUUUGAGGAACUCUUCACUCGAUGAAUCUUUUAUUAAGGUUCUGUCUGGUUCUCCAAUGCUGGAAUGCUUGACAUUGCAGUCUUGUUCACUUUCUUGUCUUGAUCUGAGUGAAUCACCGCGCCUUAGACGACUGGAUUUAGAAUUCUUCAAUUCUUCUCCAAGAAAAUGUCAUAUAGUGGCUCCUCAUAUCCAUUACUUGAGAAUGAUAGAUUUUACGCAAAAAUAUAGUUUAGUUGAUGUCUCCUCCUCUUUAAUAGAAGCUAACAUAGACACUAUCUAUUUCUUACCUCGAUUCUGGUGUACUCAAGAUGAUCCCUCGAAGGAUCCCUCAAAGCAUGAUUACCAAGUGAUGAUGCAAACGAUGCUAGAAAAGUUGCAGAACGUUGAGAACCUUACUGUUGGGCUUAGCUUUCUUGAGAUGCUAUCUAUUGCCGAGUUCAGUGGUGUUCAUUUCCCGACGUUUAAGGUCAAAACGUUGACUCUUAAAACAACAAUUUUGCGAUCUGCGGUUCUUGGUAUAGCAAAGCUGCUACAAAACUCACCUGAAUUAAAGAAAAUUGUUUUUUACAAAACUGAAGAUUGGAACUGCUCAGUGGAGAAAUAUGCUAAUCGCUACAUGGAGCCACAAGACCUGAUCUUUCCUGCUAAGUCAGCGUUUAAAGCUGCAAAGCCGGAUCUCGUGGCUUCCUUCAUGGAACUUUUGCUGCGAAACACAAGAACACUAGAGACAUUGGUUCUCCAGUUGAGGAGUUGCCUUAAUACAUCAAAUUAUGAUGAGCUGUCUCAAAUCGCUCUUACACUUUCUCACAAAAAUAAGGUCUCCAUUGUGCUGAAAUGAUCGAGUGGUGUUAUAUUAUGUAUCAUGGGUUUCUAGUGUUGGGCCAUUCAACAAUUUUAUUAAUUUGCUAAUUCUACUGAUAAGAGAGGAAUUUGUUUCAGGUGCACCUGAUUUAGUUAUAGUAGUAAGCAUGCAAAGAAACGAAACUACUUCAAUAGAAAUAAAUAAAACCAUCAGUGUUCAUCUUCUUUGAUCGAGCUAUAUCUUUUUCGUUUUAAUUAAGUCUCUGCAAUUUCUUACUUUUUUACACGUCCUAAUUGUAUAUGCAUAAUCUUCAGCUUCCACUAUUUUAACAAGAUUAUCAGAUAUCUUCAAGGUACAAUUUUUCAUGGGCUUCAAGCCUUCAACUGCGCAAGUCUUGGCUCUGUUUGAUCUCUGUUGCUGCUUUUUCUAAGAAAUUUGCUGCUCAAAACGCCACUCUUGUGUUCUGUGACAACAUCAGUUCAUUUUAUCUUGCAAGCAACAUCAGUUUAAGUUAUCUCCACUGUACGUGAAAAGGUAGCUAUGUGUGUUAAAGUUUUUCAUGCACAUUCUUGACUCCCGUUUGCAGACAUCCUUACAAAAAGACUUCUUCUAUCUUUCUUUGUUGGCUUAUCUCCGAGCUUCCCUACCUCAUUUAAAAGAUCAAUAAUGUACGUUUUGGGGAUAAGAAGAGCUUUCUUUCCUUACCUCAUUUAAAAGAUCAAUAAUGCACUUUUUGGGGAGAAGAAGAGCUUUUUUAAAAAACAGCAUACUCCAAUUCAUAGGAAUUAUUUUAGCUCACCUAGAUCUUUAAUAUCAAAAACUGAUUCGAGGAAAAGUUUAGUAGAAUAUAUAUAUAUAAAGGGUAGGUUAGUCAUUCAUCUAAACCUACUAUAGAGGUGUGUGAUCUAUCAUUCUUUGGGAUAAGAUAGAUAUUUGUUGCUUGAAUUCAAUUAAUUAGAGAUAUUAUAAUGGACUAAGUUAGUCCAGUAAGAUAUGCAUCGGAACUAGCAAUGAUUUGGCUAUGAAAUUUGAAUUAUUCAAAACGUACUUGAUAUAUACAAGACAAAAAUAAUUAAAAUAGUUGGUGGACCUUAUACUUGACAAGUUUGCCAACGAUUAAAUUCUGCAUUCAAUCUGCAAACCACAACAUUUUUACUUGUACAUGUUAUAUAUAGCAAACCAAAUGAACUAAAAUUUCUGUAUCUAAACUCAUUAAAUCCUUUUGUGUAAAAAUGGCUAUGAUAGGCUUAUUUGGAGUCUUCAUAGCAUUCAUUUUCUUCCUUGUAUUCCAAUGUUUCUUUCUUUGCAAGAAAUCUCACAAUGUGGCUUUGCUGAAGAACUGGCCUUUCCUUGGGAUGCUUCCCGGAAUACUCUUCAAUAUCCCUCGAAUUUUUGAUUGGCUUUCUGAGGUUCAUGAGGCCAACGAUAUGACUUUCGCUUUCAAAGGGCCUUGGUAUAGUGGAACAGACAUGUUGUUCACUGUUGAUCCGAGGAAUAUCAAUCACAUGCUCAGCUCAAACUUUCCGAAUUACCCUAAAGGACCUGAAUUCAAGAAGAUCUUUGAUAUCUUGGGAGAUGGAAUUGUAGCAGCUGAUAUGGAGUUAUGGGAGGAUCUGAGGAAGUCAGGUCACGCCUUAUUCCACCAUCAGAACUUCCUGAAGCUCACAGUAAGUAGCACUACAAGUAAGUUAAAGAAUGAUCUUGUUCCAUUACUUGAUCAAGCUGCUGAGGAAAACAUUUUCAUAGACUUACAAGAUGUGUUCCAGAGAUUCAUGUUUGAUACUGCCUCCAUUUUGAUGACUGGUUAUGAUCAAAUGUCUCUAUCCACUGAAAUUCCCGGAUAUGAGUUUGGUGAAGCUGCGGACUUCGCUGAAGAAGCUAUCAUCUAUAGACAUCUCAAACCGGUGAUCUUGUGGAGGCUUCAAAACUUGAUUGGUGUUGGAGUUGAGAGGAAGAUGAGAACUGCUUCGGAGUUUUUCAACAGUAUGUUUGCAAAGAUCAUAUCCACAAGAAGAAAAGAAGAGAAAAGUGGCGGGAAAAAAGAGCAAACUAUCAACGCAGUAACAUACAUACUAUUUGAAUGCAGAUACAGCCAAAUAUAAGCUGUUGAAACCUAGUAACGAUAAGUUUGUAAGAGACGUUGUUUUGAGUCUAUUGGUAGCAGGAAGGGACACCUCAAGCUCAGCUCACACUUGGUUCUUCUGGCUUCUUUCUAAGCAUCCUCAAGUUAUGACCAAGAUCCGACAAGAGAUCAACGCAAAGUUUGAUCCGACAGAUCUGGAGAAGCUUGUGUAUCUACACGCUGCGUUGUCGGAAUAAAUGAGACUCUACCCACCGGUUCCCUUCAACCACAAGUCUCCUUCAAAGUCAGAUGUGCUUCCAAGCGGGCACAGAGUUGAAGCAGAAUCAAAGAUUGUGAUCUGUAUCUACGCAUUGGGUAGAAUGAGAUCUGUAUGGGGAGAAGACGCAUCAAAGUUUAAACCAGAGAGAUGGAUUUCAGAGAAUGGAGGGCUCAAACAUGAACCUUCAUCCAAGUUCUUGGUUUUUAACUCAGGUCCAAGAACUUGCUUGGGUAAACAUAUAGCUCUUUUACAGAUGAAGAUGGUAGCUGUGGAGAUCAUACAAAAUUAUGAUUUCAUGGUCGUUGAAGGUCAGAAGAUCAAACCAGCCCCCUCUGUCCUUCUCCGAAUUAAACAUGGUCUUAAAGUUACAGUCAGUAAGAAUAUAUGAUGCUUAUGUUUGCCUGGUUUCUACGGUAACUAUUUGUUUCCCCUUGUGGAUAAUAAAUGGGCCAGUACUUGUAUUAUUUUCCAAGCAAUAUCUAUCAAAAUCUAGUA